UCAUUGAAAGUUUGAUAAUUAUUCAAAUUCAAAAUUUUUAUAUUGUUCAGAAAUAUUUUGAUUACAGCACUUAUAGUUUUUAUAAAUACUUACAAAAUCGAGUUUUAUAAAUUAAUCUCAACAAAAAAAAAAAAAAUUAGACGUUAUUAUUAAAAAUAUUGUCGCACAUUUCUUAAAUUUUAAGAAAUUAUCAACUGACAUCGUCAAUUAAUUUUAAAAAUAUUGGCGGAUCAAUACUUUGAUAACAUACAUAGUCACAUACUGAACAAUUACAGAUAACAACAAACGGAUCUUCUAACAAGAUUAUUCCUCUCAAUUACUAUUAAACGGUUUCAUGAAGGGGUAAUAAAUUUCCGUGGUCAUCAAAGAGCAAAAAUACAAUAAAUCAACUUUGAUAAUUUUCCAAACAUUUAUAGUGAAGAUUGAUUGUAUAAUUAUUAAAAAUUUAAAUAGUCAAUCAUGAUGCCAGAUAGUCAAUCCGUGAUAGCAAGUAAUGAAUAUAAAUAUGAUUGGACGGUUCAAAUAAACAGAAAAAAUGAACAACUUACUUCAAAUUUAUUUGAAAUAAAGUCAUCACCUGGAUUAAAUUUUUGUAUGACCGCUGAAAUGAAUAAUAAUAGUAAUUUAAUUAAAGUAAAAAUAAUAAAAACAUUCACUAAAUUGGCAAUAGCGACAAUUGAACUUAAAAUAGCAGACAUGCCGCCAAUUAUAAAAGAUAUAUCUGAGUGGAAAGAUGUUAUUAUAUUUGAUAAAAUUCCAAUUCCUUCUGGUUGUGAUGAUUGCCAAAAAAAUACAUGGAAUGCAUGUAUUUUAACGACACCAGAUAGUCAUGAAUAUCGUAUAAAAAUUAGUUGUUCGAUAAUUUGGUAUGGAUUUGUUGAUGAAUUGCUUGCGCCAAAAAUCUUUGAGGACAUGCAGCGAUAUUUAAAUAAAUUGGAUUUUAGUGAUAUUAUUAUCAAAGUUAAUGACACAGAAUUUCAUGCCCAUAAAAUUGUUUUGGCUUCUCAGAGUCCAGUUUUUGCUGACAUGAUAGCGACGUCUGAAUCAAAUGGAGCAUCUAAAGAACAAUAUAUUAAUCUUCAAGAUGUUGAUUGUGAUGUUGUGCAUGAAAUGCUGUCGUUUUUAUAUUACGGUAAAUUAGAGAAAGCUCAUUAUGAUUAUCGAAUUGCUCUAAAGCUAUUCGAAGCAGCGGCUAACACCCGUAUCACAAGACUAAAAGAUGUUUGUGCAGUUAUUUUGAGCAAUAAAUUAGCUCUUGAAAACGUGUUAUUGUUAUUAGAACUAGCAAGAAAGUAUGAUUCAUUGAUACUGCGACAGCGUGCGAUGACUUUUAUUAUAAAUAAUCGAAAACAAUUAUUUCCAUAAGUUUUUGUAAGUUAUAUUAUAUUUCUAUAAAGUAUUUCAUAUUUUUGAUAAAAUUUAUGUUAUAAUGUUUUAUCUUCACGCGAUUUUUAAAUAUUAUCAAAGUUUAUGUAAACUGGUUUUGAAAACACUAUUUUGUCUAUAUGCACUACUCUAAUGCAAAGGGUUUAACGAGCUCUACGUCCGGGUCAAAAAUAAAACUUAUUUUAGAGUUGGUUUGCCGAAUCGAAAUUUAAAGCCGUUUUUCACAGGACACACUCGACUUUUUUACGGAGAUAUAAAAUACAUUGAGCUUUCGCCUUGGUUUAGACUUAAGUGACUUAUUUAGCCACGAUUUAAGACGAAAAAUUCGAAAUCAAGUCAAAAUUGACUUGGUUUAGAUUUAUUCGACUUAAAUUUUAAGGCGAAAAAUUCAAACAGAAGGUGAAUGACUAUCGUUCUCAAAGUGAAGACGAAUAAGUUCAAAGUGAGAUAAGAAAAUACGAAUAAGUUGAAACUAAGAUCAAAAAAAGCUCUAAAAGUUGACGAAUAUUUAAUUUAAGUCGAAAAAGUUGAGAUCUUAUCGGAAAAUCUUCGGCAAAACGAUAACUUCAAAAGAACAUAAGGUGAAGCGAGUCUGAAUCAAGUUUUAUUUUAGACUCGGGCGGAGAUACAGAGAAAAACAAAUUGCCGCUGCAAGUAAAUAUUACUUAUAAGUAUUUAUAUAUAUAUUUUUUUUUCCUUUUGGCCAUUGUCUUUAUUGGGCCACGUACCAGAUUACGUAUGUUACAUUGUUACAUUGGUAAUGAGGUAAUAACAUAUUUUCUUGAAUCAAUUAAAUUAUCAUACUUGCUCAGAUAAAUUUAUUUAAAUUUAAUAAACGUACAGCUGAUUCAGAAAAUAUUUUCUUAAUUUAAAAAAUUAUACACAAAAAAAAAAAAUUUCUAGUUUAAGAUGUUUUUGAAAACAAGUCUUCAAUUUAAUGUUAAAUAAAUAUUUAAAUUAAUUUUUUUUAUUCAUAUGUAAGUAAAUACAAUUGAUAUAUUAGUAGUGUUGAUGUCACAAUUGGUAUGUGCGUUUGUUUGUUUAUAUAAUCAAGGUCACUAUUUAUGAUGAAUAUUGAAAAUAUUUUAAAUAUCAAAACGUUAUAAUUCAUAUAUCUACGGAAUUAGUCUAAUUACUACUGGAAUUUUUUAAAAUUUAUUUUGAGGAGUAAGCAAUUCAAAGUCACUCACGAAAUCCUUGCCGUUGAAUUAAUAACAAUAAUUAAUUAAUUCUUUACGAGCAACCUGCAGUCACUACGUGACUGCCCAAAUAUCACUACUAAAUUUAUAAAAUACGCAGAAAAACAAGAUUUCCUGCCGCAAAAAAUUUUAAUUUGCACCAAGAAAUUUUAUGCAUUAUCAAUUAAAUACAAAAACUGUCUUGGAGCGAGAAAAGAUUUUUUUGGUCAAGAAAUAAUUCCUUGCACCAACUAAUUUUUUCUAGUUCUAAAUAAAUUUUUGUUUUCAAUUCACGAUGCAAAAAAUUUCUUGGGGUAAGUAAAAAUUUUCUUUAGGCGAGUAAAGAUUUUUUAUGUCAAUGAAUCCUUUUUUUUUCUAUGCACACUUUUUUGGCUUUGAGCAGCUUCCUAAAGCCAAAAGGGAGCAUAAAAAUUUGUCAUUUUGGAAUAAGUAACGCGGUAUAAAUAAUAUAGCUAUAAAUUCGGUAACAUUCAGUCAUAUUUAGUGACAGAAUAAUUAAAGUAUUAAUUUAUUAAAAGAAAAUAAAUACGAUCGUAUUUUUUUCUCGCGUAAUUUAAAUGUAAUUCGAAUGAUAUAGAUAAAUCUUUUAAUCCCUAUACUUGGCAAUAACAAAAAGUUUAAACUAAGAAAAGGCACAAAUUCAAGUCAAGAUUUAUCUAAUGAUACCAAUUCCAAUAACAUUAACUAAUUUUAUCAUAUAGAUAUGGCGGGAAGAAAAUUUUCCUUAUUCUCUUAAUAAUAUAGAUUAUUUCUACAAGCAUUUUUUAAUUUUUUUAUUGAGAUUAAUUAUUUUUUAUUUUGUAAUUUAUUUUAAACUUUUCAUUUAUGAAUUUAAAUUUUCAUUUUCAUUAUGACAUUUGAGGUGAACUUUUUGUGUUAAAUUUUAAUGACUUAUUAUUACUUGUUAUUUAGUAAACAAAGUAUUUUAUUAGAUAUAUUUUACACAUAAUUAUAUCAUAUUUGUCAAUUUAUGAAUUAAUAUAACAUUAUUAAAUAUUUUUUUGUUUCAUUAUUUGUAUCCGCAAUUUUAAAGAUUUCACUGUUGGUUUUCUAAUGACUAUUCCUGUAAAAAAAAAAACAUCAAAAUAAAUUUUUUGAAUGCAAUAUUGACUAAAAAUUUUUUAUUGAUUUUAUGAUUUAAAAAAGUUUAAAAAAAAUUCAAAUUUUUUACCUUGAAAAUAUCGUCAGCUACAGAUCUUUUUCCAAAACCCCGAGCAUAUCCGCCGCCAGCUAUAUACAUAUGAUGAAAAGGUCGAGCCGCCUUUGAUCUCAUUACAAAACUCAAUAUAAAUAAUAACAAAAUACAAUAAAUGUUAUUAAAAUUCAUUAUUAUUUAUAAUGUAAUUGUCUUGAAAACUUAAAAAAAAAUUUAUGUGAAUCAGAAUCAAAUUUUUACACUCUGUGCGAUACUCUGAACAACCGAACGAAAAGUAAAAAAAAAUUAACUUAACUUCUUAUUUAUAAGCAAGCACUUGAAUGUAUGUACGUCACUUAAUAAAAAUGUGAGCUUAUCAAAUAUAAUAUUAUAAUAGAAUAUUUACCUCAAUUUGUUAUCUGUAGAUGUAUUUCUUUGUUGAGCCAGUCACGUAGACGGAAGUAUUUUACAUAAAAAUUAUUAACCAGAAUAGUAAAAACUCAUCAAUGAUUGAAACUCUGAUAGACAAAAUCCAUUAAUUUGAUAAUUUUCAAAUUAUUAAAUAGAAUUGAGUGUAGGUCACGUUCGAUUUUUAUCACAUGAAUAUGACGUUUACAAUUUUAUAGAUAAAUAUUUAUUUUUUUAGUAUCUAUUUUUUUUAUUAACUUCGAUUAGUUAACAUACGAAUUGUCGCGGUAAAUUAUUAUUACAAAAUUUAUAAAAGAAAUCGUCUCCCAGGUCAUAAUAAAACCUGAUUUAGAUUUGGUCACCUUAAAUCAUGACUAAGUCUAAACCAAUGCGAAUUCCGAAAAGAGUUACGGGCCACUUUUCAUCCUCCCUGAUCCAAAGAGUAGUCAUAAGUAAAAAAACAAAUUUUUCUAGUUAAAGAGUAGUCAUAAGUAAAAAAACAAAUUUUUCUAGUUAAAGAGUAGUCAUAAGUAAAAAAAUAAAUUUUUCUUGUAACUUUAAAACGUAAUUUUAUUAUCUUUAACUUUCUUAAUAAAUUAUAUUUAAUGAACA